AUGAGCGUCACCAUUGACGCGCUCUACGUCUUUGAUGAUCACAACAACUGCGUCCUCGAACACCUUUACUCGGGUCGCCCACCGUCUGCGCAGACUCUCAUCUCCAGCUUGACUGCACGAACCGGUCCUCGACCAUCCAUCCUCCAACUCUCAGAUCUCGCUCCCCCAACCACUGCAUACUCGAUCUCUCCGUCAAACUUUCAGCUGAUUGCGGUAUCUGGCAAAGAUGCCCAGUCGCUGGCCAUCCUCGAUUUCCUCCAACGCGUCCUCGAUGUAUUCGAGGAUUUCCUUGGGAGCCCCCUGUUGACCACAAAGAUCGAAGACAACUAUGAAAUUGUGGCUCAGUUACUGGGUGAAAUGUGUGAUGGUGGCAUAAUAUGCAACACCGAACCCAAUGCGCUGCGAGAAUCGGUAGAAGUUUCUUCAGUGCUGGGAAAGUUGUUCACACACGUAGGACUGCCUGGGGCUUCACCUGCUCUUGGGCCGUCAAGCAACUUUUCUUCCAGUCUGCGUGGGACGGCCUCGCCGCCUGUAGGCCCAGCAAUUCCGUGGCGGAAGCCCAAUGUCCGGCAUACCUCUAACGAGCUAUAUGUCGAUAUCAUUGAGAAUCUGUCCGUCAUAUUCGCUCCCUCAGGUCGCCCCAUAUCCGCGCGUUCACACGGUUCGAUUGCAUUCACAGCCAAAAUAUCGGGGGUCCCAGAUCUACUGUUGGUAUUGACCGCGCCUGGAGGCACCAGUAGUGCCAAAACCUCAGGGAUCACUCGUACGAUGCAACUACCUGUCUUCCAUCCCUGCGUGCGGUUAGCGAGAUGGAAAGAACACCCGGGAGAGCUGUCAUUCGUGCCGCCAGACGGCCGUUUCAUGCUUGCAGGUUACGAGACCGAUUUGAUGCCCACUCCCCUCGACACGGAUCAGCCUCCCAGCAAAAGUGACAAGAUAUUCUUACCAGCCACCGUAGACCUCCGGGGCGGACUAGGUAGUUCAGGUUCCGAAUUCGAAGCCAAAUUGACCUUGAACAACAACUUUCCUGGUGUUUCUUCGGUCACCAAACCGAACGCCUCGCGGACAAGCUCGGGCCCGAUCUCGUCUCUGUCCUUUGGCGGUGCCAGCAGUGGUAGUUCCACUGCCCCCACACUAGAAGCCGUGAUGGUCACAAUACCGUUUCCUUCCGACGUGCGGAGCGUCACCGAACUCAAGGCCUCAAGGGGGGAAGCCACGUUCAACGCGUUCGACAGGGUUGUCGAGUGGAAAGUUCCUACCAAGGAUGGAGCAUCGAUCAACGGAACGGCGACCUUGACCGGAACAGUGGCCGGUGCUUUCAAUGCGCAGAGUGACAUGGACGAAGAGACACAAGCUGCCGAGAUCGGCAAACAGAACACCAUGGCAGGAUACUACCAGGAAGAUGUCGUCGCUAAUCAGGGCACGGCCUCCGACCCGUCAGGAAAUGGCAACUCCAAGAGGACACAAGCCACCAAGGCACUGAUGCCACGAUCGAUCUCGGUCUCGUUCAGUGUCAAAGGAUGGCUCUCUAGUGGGAUCAAGGUCGACAGCUUGGUGGUCGACGUGAAGAAAUCUAAAGGACUGGGCGACGGCGUCCGACCAUAUAAAGGCGUCAAGUACCUGACCGUGAGUCGACAAGGUGUUGAGAGAAGGGUGGAAUGA